AUGGUUGCUACGAUCAUCCUCUCUGCCCUCGCCCUCAGUGGCAUGGCGCACGCGCACAUCGCUGCUUUUGCCAAAGGAAUGUACUGCGAGAACGGAACCGACCCUAAGAACCCAAACUUCAACAGCAAUGCCCCCGUCAAUCCAUUGUUCAACUUGACACUGGAAGAAAUGUGGUUUCAGCGUGAGCGAGGCUGCGACAGGGUUCCGCCACCGGAGGGCGUCUUCCUUGAUAUCCCAGCUGGUGGUUCUUUUACCGUCGAGCUUGCCAAUAAUCAAGCAUUCUCCCACCUGUCCUACGAUGGAAAGUUCACUUCGCAAUGGCCUGAUGGAGCUGACCAUCCUGCCGACUUCAACGGCGGAGGUGUUGGCGAAGGCUGCAUCCAGGAGGCUGGAUAUAUGCAUGUGCAGGAUGAACAACACGCCCAGGGAACGGCGUUUGCCAUCUCUUACCAAAGCGACUUGAACGAGGUCAACUUGGAAAAUCUUGUUGUAUUCUCUGUGCUCGAACAUACACCCUGGCACCGAGAAGCUACCUACAAAGUCCCAAAGGCCUUGCCUGCCUGCCCAACAGGAGGCUGCACCUGCGCGUGGCUGUGGGUUCCGCGCGGUUGCGGUCAACCUAACAUUUACAUGCAAGGCUUCAAGUGCAAAGUCUCAGGCGCCACCUCUACCACUCCUCUUGCCAAAGCACAAGCACCUGCUCAAUGCGACGAGGAUUCCUCCAAGUGUGUUUCGGGUGCGAAGCAAAUGAUCGUAUGGAAUCAAUUGACCGGUAACAACGUGGUCACGAAGGACAGGCAGACGCCUGCAUAUAACCUCCGCAACGGGUUCAAGCCAGGAGCGCAGGACGAUAUCUUUGCAGGUGCACCCGCGGCGCCUGUCUCUUCUGCCACGACAUCCACUACAUCAUCCGCUGCCGUCGAGAUCACUUCCUCCCCAAGUGCCGUCACGCGAAUUCCAUCAGUCACCACCAGCAGACCAGCCUUGACCUCGGAUGCUUCGCAGGCAGUUCCAACUACCUUUUCGACCACCGUGAAGGAUCAAAGCCCUGCAACCGUUACUGUGACGGUCACUGCCCCAGCAGCGUGCUCAUAG